AUGGUGCAUGUGAGUUUCUUUGCAAAUAAGAUAGUUGUGAAAUUGGAACUAAAUGUUCGUCAUAUUAUUAUGACCAUUCCUACUCAUGGCUGCCUUCCAAGUCUAAAAAGUCUCCAUGUUGGCGGUGUAGACUUUGUAGAUAAUGAUUCUUUUCGAAAGCUUUUGUUUGGGUGCCUUGUGCUUGAAGAGUUGUUCAUCUCUUCUUUCAAGGAUUUUCAAAAUCUAAUAAAUUAUUCAUUAGCAAACCUACAUGCUCUUCUAAAUGCUGAAAUGAGUGUUUUACAUCCUCGUUUAAGUCAGUUGGUCGACCUUGAUGCAACAACUAAUUUGUUAAAUGAAAUUAGUAAUGUUCUAUCACUUUCUUGCAAUGAUGAUUUACUUUCGGCUUUAACUUUGUGCAAGAAGCCUUUGCCUGUGUUUCCCAACCUAGACCAUUUAUUGAUUAGAAGGUAG